CGGUCGGUGGGAACCGUAUAUUAUACGUACUAAAUACCUAGCUUUAAAAUUCCACCCAACUCUAAACCCUACGUUACACAUAGAACCUCAAACUUAAAAGGCGGACGCAUUUAAACUGUUUGAUUAUUAUGUCAACAGUUGACAGACUGUAUUUGUAAAUAACAGAAAAUGACAGUAAAAUAUCAGUGAAUUUGUUGUAUUUAAUUAAACUCUAGAUAAAUUUCUGUUCUUAUGCAUAUGGAUUAUGAAUACUUUAAGAAAACGCAAAAAAGGAUCAAAAUCGACGCCCUGGACAUGAGAAUUGAUCGGUUGAUAGCCAAAUAUUCCAAUGUUUGUCAAGCCGAUGGUAAAUUACAAGUCCAUUCUAAAAUGAAUAACAGCAACUUCACAAAUGAUUCGAAAAGGAAUACAUUAACUUCAUAUACGAAAGUCCCAGACCACAAGACCACUCGUGUUCACGCAUACCCCCUAAAAAGCGAUCACUACUUUUAUAAGUUCCAGCAUUCAAGUGAUUCUGAUGAAGAAAAUGAACAGUGUUAUAUUCGAAUAGCUUGUCAUGAUAUUGAUUGUACUAGUAAUUCUAAUACUGACAGUGAAUUGACUUUACCGGCAACAAAUUAUAAACGCCCUAAUAAAAACUCUGCCGUUAAGUCUAAUGUAAAAUUCGAGGAUCGUGUUAAGCAUGUAAACCUGCAAACUUCAUUCACCAACGAAAAUUCUAAGAAAUCCUACGCAGAGAAAACCACAUACUGUCGACCUAUAAAUAACUCGUACGAUAGAUAUUUUGUUAAUGAUGUGAUGAAAAAAAACGCUAAGUUGCAGAUGCUUUUAACCAAAUAUGUAAUCAGGCGCCACCGAGAGAAAGAAAAAGAAAAGUGGAAUAAUUAUGUUAAUAACCAAUCUUUUAGAGACUGGUCGAAGCAGUCGUCACCAUCUGUGUAUGGAAAGCCUGAAAGUCCUUUAUGUAACGAUGACGAUACGAAAAGUAAGUUGCGCCAGUCCGACUCUUGUAAAGAAAUAUUGCAUGAUUUCUAUGAUGCUAAAGAUACAGUGUUUCCAGAGUACCUAACCGAAUUUGAAAAAAGAAAACGCUAUAUUGCCAGUUUAUCAAACAAAGUGGUUGAAAAUAAGCAGCAUUACUUCCUUAAUAUAUCAAAAGGCAGAAAAAGUUGUGAGAACGGCGAGCAAAAUGAUAGUCCUCAUCCAUACCGUAAAAUAAUUGAUGAGCCUAAAACUGCAAAUGACGAUCAAAACCAUUCAGGAGCACAAUUUCCUAAGGCGUAUCAACAUUUAAAACAAAUAAAGUCAGCUGGUCUAUAUCACGUGUCUAUUUUUGAUACUAAACAAAGCAGAGAUGUGCAAACUCACAUCACGUUUGGAGCAUAUAACACUACAAAUUAUGUCACAAACGAAUUAGAUUCAGAAUUUCAGACUACAGACAAUGAGAUCCGUGCUAUGAUAAAAGAUGUAAACGAUGUGGAAAAUAUGACUACAACCACAGAAAAUCAUUAUGCGGUAGCAGAACCUGUUUACACUCUUAAGGAGAUGAGUAAUGCAACUAAGACAUCCAUAGAAGUUCUCGAGAACAAGCUUGAUACACUAAUAAACUUAUUUAACUCAUUUGUAUCAGAUUGUAAAACGAAAAAUAUGUUGAGUGAUAAAAUAUCAACAGAUACCUUUAUAAUUGACGGAAACCAAUAUACAGCUGAUAUUUCGACUUUAAAAGUGGAAAAUAAUAAGAAAAAAGUAAGCAUCGUUGGCAACGUUAUGACCAACACUUCACUGUGCGCUAUAGAUUCUAAACUCUCCCCCUCACAUUACUUGAUGAAUAUGAAGCUAAACAAAAUACUUCACGAGGAACUAGAUAAAAGUAACAAAAUAAGAAGCGAAAUACAAAACAUGUUGAAAACGAACCGAUCAGCAAUUGAAUUAAAUAUUGAUAUACCUACGAAAGAAUGCUCGACAGAAGUGACGGAUUCGCUCUCUAAAACCAAACUAGAGUCUCGAAGCAAAGGCGUAGUUAUUGAAGACAUUUCAUAUCGGCAUAUUCCUCAGCGUAGACCACCCGAUCGAAGAAUUGCAGUAAAUACAGAGCCUCUGGGCUUACUGACAUUGCUGAGACUGUCCACAGAGGCUGUAAAACAGGUCCUGUCCUUUAUACCAGACAUAAGUUGGUAUCUUUCAAGAGCCGGUCGCCCUGUGCGUGGCAGCAACGACUACGUGUGCAAUAUUUGUGGUGCGGCUUUUGCGCGCCCGUCGGAGCUCGGAGCGCACAUUUUGCGCCAUGAUUUGGGUCAAAGCAGAGACUGCAGUAUAUGCCGCCACACCGUGGACAGACACCGUCCAUCCCAGCUGUUCCGGUGCCAGCACUGCGGGAAGCUGUUCACGCGCGCCUACUGCUGCGAGCUGCACCAGCAAUGUUGCGGACACAGCUUGCGAAGCCCGCCGAGCCGAGCGCUGCUGCGGUAGCAGCAAUGUUGCGGACACAGCUUGCGAAGCUCGUCGAGCCGAGAGCUGCUCAGGUAGCAGCAAUGUUGCAGACACAGCUUGCGAAGCCCGCCGAGCUGAAUGCUGCUCAGGUAGCAGCAAUUUUGCGGACACAGCUUGCGAAGCCCGCCGAGCCGAGCGAUGCGCAGGUAGCAGCAAUGUUGCGGACACAGCUUGCGAAGUCUGUCGAGCCGAGCGCUGAAAACUGUGUCAAUCUAGUCGCAAGACGUCAGCGAGCAGCCGUAGGGCAGGUUACGCUGAGGUAGAAGUAUUCAGGGCUCAGAACCGGUAUUGAAAUACCUGUUAAUACCGUUCUUAAACGGUUAUAUCGUUUCUUUCCAUCAAAAACAGGUUAAUUGAUAUAACGCGAAAUAAAAAAAUCGUUAUUUCUCCGAUAAGAAAAUAGAUCCAAAAUUUAUAGAUCGUGUGGAAAAAUACCGGUAAAACUCUGGAAACUGAUGCCUUGUAUACCUUUGUUAUGUUAGAUAAAACAAAUCAUUGUAGACACAUUUUUUUAUCAAGUUAAGAUCGUGAUUAAUCGUCAAGUAGGGACGAGACUGAUACGAAGCGUAUUUGGGUACCCACCCUUUAAUAGUUAUACCUAUAAUAUAGUUUUAGAUAUUAAAUGAUAUCCUUGCAUGGGUGCAUAAGUGUAUUUCCUUGUCAUAACAGGGACGACACUGAUUCAUAAAUUGCCUUUUGUAAAUUGUAUUUAUAAACAUUACACGAUAAUAUAUUGCCCUUGUUUCCCA